UCAUGUUGGAAUCGCUACCGCUGUUCUGCGCUCUCUCUCACUUUCUAGUGGAAACUGUAUGGUUUCUAUGCAUAGUAUUUAUACAACAUUCAUUUCGCUGUCGUAGUGACCACUUUUCCUUCACUCUGACCUGCAGAGGACAGUUCGAGAGAAAUCAAAUACGCUGUCGCAUAGAGAUCAGUAAAGUGUCACUGGAUCCGUCUCCCUCGACUGUUCUUGCGACUCAAACAGCGGGAUAUCAAACAAGUCAUCGGAAGCGCGCACAGUUUUAUUGCUUUUGCUUCGGUUUCGGUUGCUUGGAACUGAAGUCAUCUGUGUUGUGAUUCUGCGAACGGAAGACAUGGCUAGAAUGCUGAGCAAGGAUCUUCCAGAUAUCGAGAAUAUUUUGGCACUGAACCCCAGGGUGAAGACCCAUGCUGUGCUCCACUCCACUGCUGCAAAGAAAGUGGAGAAGAAGCACUGGAAGAGAAACCCGGAGAAAGGUUGUGACAGCUGUGUGAAGCUGGAGAACAAUUUUGACGACAUCAAACACACGACUCUGAGUGAGCGCGGAGCACUUCGGGAAGCUGUGAGAUGUCUGAAAUGUGCAGAUGCACCGUGUCAGAAGAGCUGUCCGACCAACUUAGACAUUAAGGCCUUCAUCACUAGCAUCUCUAACAAGAACUACUACGGGGCCGCCCGUGCCAUUCUUUCAGACAAUCCACUAGGUUUGACAUGCGGAAUGGUCUGUCCGACCUCUGACCUGUGCGUAGGGGGUUGUAACCUGUACGCCUCUGAAGAGGGACCCAUCAACAUUGGAGGGCUGCAGCAGUUUGCAACUGAGGUGUUCUCUAAGAUGGGGAUUCCUCAGGUACGAAACCCAAAUCUGCCCCCUCCAGAGGAGAUGCCUGAGAGCUACCACUCCAAGAUCGCGCUGAUUGGUUGUGGUCCUGCCAGCAUUAGCUGUGCCUCUUUCCUGGCUCGUCUGGGAUACGAUAACAUCACCGUAUUCGAGAAACAGAAGUACAUCGGUGGACUCAGUUCUUCAGAGAUUCCUCAGUUCCGACUGCCCUUCGAGGUGGUGCAGUUUGAGGUUGAUCUGAUGAAAGACCUGGGAGUGAAGAUUGUAUGUGAGAAAGGACUGGGACAGGAUGGAAUGACUGUUCUCUCACUGAAAGAGGAAGGAUACAAAGCUGUCUUUAUUGGAAUUGGUCUACCUCAAGCCAACAAGCACAAAAUCUUUGAGAGCCUUUCCAUGGAACAGGGUUUUUAUACAUCCAAGGAUUUUCUACCACUGGUUUCCAAGGCUAGUAAAAAAGGCAUGUGUAGCUGCCGCUCCGCGUUGCCGGAGCUGCGUGGCACUGUCAUCGUGUUGGGCGCGGGCGACACGGCUUUUGACUGCGCCACGUCAGCCCUCCGCUGCGGCGCCCGUCGCGUCUACGUGGUCUUCAGGAAAGGCUUCACCAACAUCCGCGCGGUCCCCGAAGAGAUGGAGCUGGCUAAAGAGGAGAAAUGCGAGUUCUUGCCUUUCCUGUCCCCGCGGGAGGUCAUGGUUAAGGCUGGCCGUGUGUGCGGUAUGGAGUUCUGCCGGACGGAGCAGACGGAUUCGGGCGAGUGGGUGGAGGAUGAAGAACAGAUCAUACGCCUUAAAGCCGAUUACAUCAUCAGCGCUUUUGGCUCGGUGCUAAAUGACCCCAAAGUGAAGGAGGCCAUGGCUCCCAUUAGGUUAAACAGAUGGGGACUCCCUGACCUGCAUCCAGAAACCAUGCAGUGCAGCGAGCCGUGGGUGUUUGCUGGGGGCGAUGUGGCUGGCCUGGCUAACACCACAGUGGAAUCGGUCAACGACGGCAAGCAAGCCUCCUGGCACAUCCACAGAUACUUACAGUCCCUCCACGGGCAGACGGUGGACAGUCAGCCCCAGCUGCCUCUCUUCUACUCCCCCAUAGACGCUGUGGACAUAAGCGUGGAGAUGUGUGGGAUAAAGUUCCCAAACCCAUUUGGUUUGGCCAGUGCUCCACCAACCACCAGCACACCCAUGAUCCGCAGAGCCUUUGAGCAAGGCUGGGGUUUCGCCCUGACGAAGACCUUCUCUCUGGACAAGGAUCUGGUGACCAAUGUGUCUCCUCGAAUCGUACGUGGGACCACGUCAGGGCCGAUCUUCGGUCCAAACCAGGGUUCUUUCCUCAACAUUGAGCUGAUCAGUGAGAAGACAGCUGCCUACUGGUGUCAGAGUGUUACUGAGCUCAAAGCUGAUUUCCCCAAUAAUAUUAUUAUAUCCAGUAUAAUGUGCAGUUACAACAAAUCUGAUUGGACCGAGCUUUCCCAGAUGGCAGAGGCCUCUGGAGCUGAUGCCCUGGAGCUGAAUCUAUCCUGCCCACAUGGAAUGGGAGAGAGGGGUAUGGGACUAGCCUGCGGGCAGGAUCCAGAGCUGGUGCGGAACAUCUGCCGCUGGGUCCGACAAGCUGUCCGCCUCCCUUUCUUCGCCAAGCUUACCCCCAACGUCACCAACAUCGUGGAUAUUGCCAAAGCAGCAUACGAAGGUGGUGCAGAUGGUGUCACUGCCACCAACACGGUGUCUGGGCUGAUGGGACUGAAGGCAGACGGCUCUCCCUGGCCUGGCAUCGGCCAAGCCAAGCGCACCACAUAUGGCGGUGUGUCUGGGAACGCUAUCCGCCCCAUCGCUCUGCGCGCGGUGUCAGCCAUAGCGAGGGCCUUGCCUGGGUUCCCCAUCCUGGCCACUGGGGGCAUUGACUCUGCAGAGUCUGGCCUGCAGUUUCUCCAUGCUGGAGCAUCAGUACUGCAGGUGUGCAGCGCUGUUCAGAACCAGGACUUCACUGUCAUCGAGGACUACUGCGUGGGACUGAAAACGCUGCUUUACCUGAAGAGCAUCGAGGAACUACGGGACUGGGACGGCCAGUCUCCGCCCACCCCACGCCACCAGAAAGGCAAAGCCGUGCCCCACGCGGAGGAGCUGGCAGGGAAGACAUUGCCCAAUUUUGGUCCAUAUCUUCAGGAGAAGAAAAUUGCUCUGGCAAAGUACAAAGAGAAACUUAGAGAUCACAGUGACAUCACUGUGGAAUCAAAUGGAUCACGAAUAAACUCACCUAAGAAACCUGUCCCAGCAGUGAAAGAUGUGAUAGCUGGAGCAUUGAGGUAUAUUGGGGCCUACCAGGAACUUAACAACCAGGAGCAAGUGCAAGCUCUCAUUGACUCAGAGAUGUGCAUUAACUGUGGAAAGUGCUACAUGACCUGCAAUGACUCCGGAUACCAGGCCAUUACGUUUGACCCUGAGACCCAUCUACCCACUGUCAGGGACAGCUGCACCGGCUGCACACUCUGCCUCAGCGUCUGUCCCAUCAUCGAAUGCAUCAAAAUGGUUGCCAGGACAACGCCGUACGUGCCAAAACGAGGCCUCCCUCAAGCCGUUGUGCCCGUGUGCUGAACAACAAAACAGCGUUUCCUCAGCUGAUGGAGAGAGAGAGAGAGGGGGGGGGGGAAGAAAGCAAGAGAGAAGGGGGAGAGAGAGAGGGAGAGAGAGAAAAAAAAAAAGAAGAACCUGACCAUCUAAACAUCUACAUCAUAGCAUUGAUUCCUCCUCAUAAUUGUGGGGUGAAAAAUUACGUUUAUUGUGGGGUUUAAAAAAAAAAAAAAAAAAAAGCAAAUAAUUAGUUUUGAGAAAUAAUUGCCUUAUAUUCCCAAAAGCCAAUUAUCCCUACAUAAUCAUGCAGGCGGAAAAACGGUUGCAUUAUUUUGAAACAAUUGCAGGGCGAUGUGUUGUUGUUGAGUUCAUUCCCUCCUGUUCUGCAGAAACAGUGGUAAUGAGAGUGAAGGAGCAGGGGGGAGGGCGAGAGUCUGAGACUAAAUAUAAUGGAUGUUUAUGCUGAUGUGUGGAGCCCAUGCCAGUGCCCAAUAGUAGCUACAAUCUCCUAACAAGUGGUGCAAUGACAGUUCAUCCACAGGCAGACUGCAGUAAAAUGAGACAUUAUGUUGUGGGGAAAUAAUCAGACAUACAUGAGGUGGUCGUGAAGAGAGAUGAAUAGGAGCAGGAAGAGCCCUGAAAACAUUCAAUUCAUGGCUCUCCUCACCAUUCACGUUUCCAAAGCAGCAACAACGCAACAUUGAACAUGUUAACCUACUCAUCAUAAUUAGCUUGUAUACUUCUCGAGUGCUAAUUAAAGUGAUGUAUAGAAAGCAACCAUUUUAUUAGGUUUUCAUUAAAUUCUUAAUUAACUUUGAUUAUCCUUUUUUUUUUUUUCUUUUUUUAAUUAAUUCUAACAAUGUGUUGUGAGUUUUGAUGUGUUGAGGCAGUAAGAGGUAAUUCUGAGAGGUAGAUUGCUGGCGUAAUGUGGCAAGCGUUUGUUAGAAAAGGUCAACUUUGACUGUUUCCAGAUCAUUAGAUAUGAAGACUAGCUGUGAUUCAUUCUGGACCCUAAAGGUCAACUCUGACCACUUCUAACUCAAUAAAUACUCUCCUGUCCAGCAAGCACACAUUACAGGGAGCUCAAACUGGCAGCUGCCUCUGUUCAUGUAAUACAUGAGAAGAAACAUGGCUUAUGUGUGUCAGAGCACUAUAUACCUGUCCACAUGUAGAAUUUUAUGGAACAGCUCCAUUUCAGACCUACAAAAAACACCAUACAGUGAUAUACUGGUUGUUACACUAAGGGGUUCCAAGAAUAACUCUUUACAGCAAGGGUAGUAGCCACAAAAAUCUUUUUGUUAUUGUUGCUAAUACUAUAAUGGCAUUUUAAUAAAAUUUGUUUAAUCAAGAAUAAACUGAGGGCACAAAAACA